CCCGUGGGGUCACAUUACUAGCUGGUUUCAUUCUGUUCAGUAGCUUAAUCUGGCCAGGAUGGUCUGUGUUUCAGAUUGCGGAAGCACGAGAAGAUUCUGUAACUGAGAGGAGAUUCUGUAACUGACAGGCAUUCUUCAAGCUGCUGGAAAGUAUUACAGAAGGAACACCUCCCAAUUUUGCUUCAAGCUCUGAGAAAAAGGAGCACACAGGGGAAACUUAGUCUUGCUUGUGGAUCGAAGCAAAUCCUGUGGGAGCGAUGAACUGGGACUUGGUGUGCGGACUCCUGGCUUGAUCUUUAUAGGACUGAGUUUAUGUUGUUGGAACUGGCGGGCCGAGAGGCCCUGAAACCAGCAGGUGCCAUCUGUAUGGAGAAGAGCGGCUGUAGUCCAUUUCCAAUGUGUUGGGCUAAAGAAUAUGACAGAUACCUAGCAUCUAGCAAAAUAAUGGCAGCAGCUUACCUUGAUCCAAACUUGAAUCACACACCGAAUUCGAGUACCAAGACUCACCUAGGUACUGGUGUGGAACGGUCCCCUGGGGCAAUGGAGCGAGUGUUAAAGGUCUUUCAUUACUUUGAAAGCAACAGUGAGCCAACCACUUGGGCCAGUAUUAUCAGGCACGGAGAUGCCACUGACGUCAGGGGCAUCAUUCAGAAGAUAGUGGACAGUCACAAAGUAAAGCACGUGGCCUGCUAUGGAUUUCGCCUCAGUCACCUGCGGUCAGAGGAGGUUCACUGGCUCCAUUUGGAUAUGGGUGUCUCCAAUGUGAGGGAGAAGUAUGAACUUGCACACCCACCAGAGGAGUGGAAAUAUGAAUUGAGAAUUCGUUAUUUGCCAAAAGGAUUUCUAAACCAGUUUACUGAGGACAAGCCAACUCUGAAUUUCUUCUAUCAACAGGUAUAGGAGG